AUGAUCGUGGUUUACUUGCUUGUAGCAUUAUUUCAAGCACAAAUAGCAUCACCAUUUUAUACCUCUAUUUAUAUCUCAAUACUUACUGUUAUAAAUAAAAAAUUUCCACAAAUCGGUGAAUUAAUUGUUAAACAUCUUAUAUCAUCAUUUCGUCGAACAUAUCAACAAAAUGAUAAAAGUAAUUGUUUAGCAACAACAGAAUAUUUUGUUAAUCAAAAUAUCUUACAUGAAAUAGUUCCAUUAGAAAUUCCAGUGCUGAUAGUGUUGAAUUAG